AUGGACCCCGCCGAGCGCGCGCCGUUACUCCAACCGCGCGCCGCGGAGGUCCACCGCGCGCGCGUCCACCUCCACGCCCGCGCGCGCGGUGGGACGACGUCGAGCGCGCGCGCGGUGGAUGCCAACACUAAAACGAAACCCAACGCCCUCGGGACGACCGUCACGGCGCGCGGUGGACGAUACAGUCGCGCCGUCCUCGCGAGCGCGCUGGUGGUGAUGGCGGCGACGAUGCUGACGAGCGGCACGGUGAGCUUCGUGCGACGGGCGGGACGGGCGACGGCGGAGAAACCCCCGCGGGCGCGGGCGGUGGGCGUCGCGGCGCGGGCGAGAGAGACGCUGCGGACGGAGACGUUGGGCGCGUACGCGUGGUUGCUCCCGAGCGAUGGACGGAGUGGGAUAGAGGGUGCGGGACGGUUGGGACGGAGCGAACGGGCACGGGCGGGGACGACGUACGAGACGGAGGAUCCGCUGGAGGCGGAGCUGGCGAGAAACGCGCACGCGUUGGACCGGGCGCGGACGGUUGAAGAUUUCGUCGCGAUGAGCGUGCAGGUGGACGAUGCGCACGCGGUGGGGAGGAAACCGUUGAGAGAGUGGGCGCACGCGCCGGCGUUGAAGAGCGAGGAGGCGGCGCGAGCGAGAGGGACGAAUUUAGAAUUCGGCGACGAAGCCUUCACGGUGUGUUUGUAUAAUUUGCACCAGUGGUCGCGACCGUUGGGGUCGUCGACGUGGGCGGAGGACUUAGCGACGGUGUUAGAUGCGAAGAGAGGGGUGAAGUCGGCCGCGACGGCGAAUUUGAUGGGACGAUGCGUGAAGGAUGUGAUGCACACGAAUGGGCGAAGCGACUCGCGCUGCAUGGACGCCGACGUCGUCGUCUUCAGAGGAGAUAGCAUGGUGUCCAAGAUGGAUCCUCGGCUAGGUAAUAGCGCUGAGUCUAGAAAGCACUCUGAGUUCGCGAGGGCGAGAAUGGCGAGGAUGGGGGCGAACAAGGCCAGGGUGGCGAAACUGGGCGAACCGAGGCGAGCUUCACCAUCCGGCAGAGGACAUUCUCAGGCGCCAUCCGGCGAUCAGUCCUGGGACCACACGCUCACGCGGUUGCCGAGUAAGAGACGACGAGAUCAAGUGUACGUGUACGUCUCUACGGCUGCUCCGGCGUCCGAGAAGGCUGGGAAAGAUUUGCGCGACAGAAACUUGCUCUCGCAGGUGGAUUACCUCGCGUCUUCCAAUCCGGCGCUCGAGAGCGUGUGGCGCUCGCCGCUUCCGUCGGCAAAGUUCAUGAUCUCGUCCUACGACGCUUUUCUGCGUCCGUGGCGCAUGCGAUUGCCCGUGAUCGGAUUCGGAGAUAGUGCGACGGCGUGCAAGCAUGGACGUUCGCCCGCGGCGCGCAUCCUGCAGAAAAUCUCCGAGCGCUGGCCGGUGUGGUCCCACGGUUCGUGCAUGCACAACUACAACUCCACCGCUUUCAUACCCAACCUCAGUCAAUCGAUGUCCUCUGCGGAGGCGAUUCGCACGCAGCUGGAUCUGAGCAGGUACCUGUUCUACUUUGUUGCGGAGGACGUUGACUGUCCGGGACACGUCACCGAAAAGCUGUGGCUUCCCCUUCUUCGGGGUUCGAUCCCGAUUUAUUUCGGCACGAAAACCGUGGACGAUUACCUCCCGUGUCCGAACAAAGAUUGUGUCUUGCGCGUGAAGGACUUCAACAGCGUGCAUGAGCUCGUGGAUCGAAUGAAGAGCAUCGCAUCGGAUGAGUCGCUGUACGCCUCGCUGACGCAGUGGCGACACCAAGUGCCGUCGAUGUGGCCCGAGAAGUUCCGCCAGGGCGUCGCUCGCUCCUCUCGCGAUAUCCAGGGUGUGGUGUGCGACAUCAUGCGAGACGGCUCGGACGCGAAUAAACGCGGUUCGAUCUCCGCCUUCGCGUCCGCCGCCCCCGCGGAGGCGCCCUGGCUCUUGGACAGUUAUCCCAACCGCGACAUCGACAUGGACGUCGUGGAAUCCCUCGAGCGAUCGGGCGAACGCUCCGACGCGUACUGCGUCCGCCAGGACCGCGUUCGCGCUCUCGGUGAGGUCUUUUCCGACCCACCGUCCACGGCAUCGACGCAAACGACCACGACGACGAGCGUCGAGCGCCCGACGCUUCGAGAUCCGACCACCCUCUACGCCGUCUCGUGCGACGCCGACUACGUCGGCUGCGGCCGCUUACUCAUCGACUGA